GUAAAAGCUAUCCAUUUGUAUUGAUAUAAUGACUAUUGACUGUACAGUCUGUCACUAAAAUACAGACAAACCUAACACGUGUUCAAACGUAUUGAACACCCGAUUGAUUGCCGUUAUCCCAGUGGCCACAAGUGAUUACAUCAACAACAACAGCCACAACAAUGUCGAAAGCGAGUAAAUUUUUUGCCAAUCUAUCGGAGACCGAAAGCUCGGAGGAAGAAUCAGAUGAAGAGGUCGGUCUCCAAAACAAGACUACCGCUGUCGCCUAUUCGUUCAGCGAUGACGAAGAAGAGGCCAAACGUAUUGUACGAUCGGCGCGCGAGAAGCGCUACGAAGAGUUGCAUACAAUUAUUAAACAGAUUCGCAAUCACAAGAAAAUCAAAGACAUAUCUAAAUUGUUGACCAGUUUCGAGAAUCUGGACAAAGCAUUCAAAAAGGCUAAGCCGGUGAUCGAUAAGGAAGAGUCGGGUGCGACGCCUAAGUUCUACACAAAAUGUUUGGUCGAAUUGGAAGACUUUGUCAACGAAGUCUGGGAGGACAGAGAGGGCCGAAAGAAUAUGAAUAAAAAUAAUUCAAAAUCGUUGGCAACUUUGCGCCAGAAGUUGCGAAAGUAUAACAAAGAUUUCGAAUCGGAUAUCAAUGGCUAUCGCGAAAAUCCCGAUGAGUUUGAAGACGAGAAAGAGGAUGAUGAUGGCAGUGGUGAUGAAGAUGAUAGCGGAUCAGAUAGCGAUGUCGGCGCUUUUGUUGGUCGUAAACACCAGUCGAAAGGUGAAGAAGAUGGAGAUGUAUCGGAAGUCAAGAAAGAGGUGACCGCCGAUGUUAAGUCCAAGUUUUUGAAAGGCGGAAGCGAUGAUGAAAGCGAAGGUAGCGAUGAUGACAGCGAUUGGCCGACCAGUAGUGACGAGAGUUCUUCGUCCAGCGAUGACGAAAAAUAUGGCGACAAUUUGGCCGCAAAAUUCUUGAAGAAAGAAGGAGACGCCAAAGAGUCGAAGAAACGCGAAAGAGUUAAAGUAAAGGAACCAAAACUUGGCAAACGUCGCGACGAUGACGAUGAAGGCGAAUGGGAAAAGGUUAAGGGAGGUGUGGCCUCCAGUGAAAAGCCGAAAAUGUUUGCCAAAGACGCCGAAAUUAAUCACUUGGUAAUGAACAAGAAACUAAUCGAAGUGUUGGCGAUGCGCGGUAAAAAACGAAUCGAUCGCAGCGACCAAAUCGAAAUGUUGACCGAAUUGUUGUCUAUUUCCGAUCAAAACAAUUUGGGACCGGCUUUGGCCGCCAAGAUAUUGCUCGGCAUUUUAUCGUCGCUCUUCGACUACAACUCGAACAUCAAUUCGUGUAUGAAGUACGAGAUGUGGGAAAAAUGUUUGGACACAUGCGAACAGGCCAUCAGUCUGUUGACGGCCAAUCCCGACAUAUCGGUCGGCGAGAACAUUGCCGAAGAAUCCGAGUUGUUUACAACGUCUCCCUAUAGAGUUCACGGCUGUAUACUGACGCUUAUCGAGCGUAUGGAUGAAGAGUUUACGAAAAUACUUCAGGGAUGUGACGCACAUUCGCCCGAAUAUAUUGAACGACUCAAAGACGAAACUCGUGUUUGCGCUAUCAUUGAGUCGCUUCAACUCUAUCUGGAGACCAACAGUCGCGGAACGGCCAGCGAUUUGUGUCGAAUUUAUAUAAUACGUAUCGAUCAUUUGUACUACAAAUUUGAUCCGCAAGUGUUCAAAAAGAAGGAACAACUACGCAAACUGAAGGAACUGGAAGAAAAACAACAACUGGUGAACGGAGACUUUCGGCCGGUCGAGAUUGUCAUUGCCGACGAAACUGGUGAACCAGUAAACAAAACUGAAACCGAAGAGAUAAUUGUGACAUCGAUGGACAUUUUGAAUGAAUUGUGUAAAUUUAUCUACGCCCGCGAUGUCACCGAUCGGAUCCGUACGCAGGCUAUACUGUGUCACAUCUAUCAUCACGCACUGCACGACAACUGGUUUGAGGCGCGCGAUCUGAUGCUGAUGUCGUAUCUGCAACACAACAUCCACAAGUCGGACAUUCCCUUGCAAGUGAUGUACAACAGAGCACUGGUCCAGUUGGGUCUCUGCGCUUUUCGUCACGGAACUAUUCGUGACGCACAUACAUCUUUGUUGGACAUCCAGAUUCAGGGACGCGCUAAGGAACUGUUAGCUCAGGGUCUGCUUCCGCGACAACAGGAGCGCACACCCGAACAAGAAAAACUGGAAAAGCGUCGUCAGAUACCGUUCCACAAACACAUUAAUCUGGAACUACUCGAAUGUGUUUAUCUCGUUUCAGCUAUGCUUCUGGAGAUACCUGACGUGGCCUCCAACGAGUUCAGUGUCCGCAAGAAAAUGAUUUCGCGUUCGUUUUACAAUCAGUUGCGCAAAAACGAAGAACAACCGCUAGUAGGUCUGCCCGAAUCGAUGCGCGAGCACGUAGUGGCCGCAUCAAAGGUCAUGCGUAUUGGCAAUUGGCGACAAUGUCAGGAAUAUAUCAUCAACGACAAGAUGAACUCGAAGGUCUGGAAUCUGUUCUAUCAGGCGGACAAAGUACGCGAUAUGUUGGCCCAGAAGAUUCGCGAAGAAUCGCUUCGGGCCUAUCUGUUUACCUAUAGUUAUGUUUACGAUUCGAUAUCUAUUAAAUUGUUGGCCGAAAUGUUCGACUUGGAGUCAUCAGUGGUACACAGCAUUAUCAGCAAAAUGAUAAUCAACGAAGAGUUGAUGGCCUCGUUAGACGAGCCAACACAGACAGCAGUUAUGCAUCGUACCGAACCGUCCCGUAUUCAGGGACUGGCCCUACAGUGCGCCGAAAAGAUUAAUUCGCUGGUCGAACACAACGAACGGCUCUGGGAGAUCAAACAGAUACCAUUGGGUCAGCUGAUGACCCAGGGCAAUCAACGAUACUAUAACCAGGAUGGAAAUUAUCGUAACUAUAAUCGACAGGAUAGACAGGGUGGUGGUCGCGAUCGCGAUGGUCAGGAUAGGAAUCAAUAUAGACGUGGAUCGCACAGACAGGACUAUCACCAUCAUAAUAGACAGGACCGACAGCAACACUACAGGGGUAAUCAUCAUCAUCGGGGAAAUAAUCGGCGCCACGACAACAACAGAGACCGCGAUAACUAAUAGGUGUUUAGAUACGAGUAUUUUUUUAUAGCAUAUCCCCGUUGACUACGUAUAUAACUGGCCACUGGUUAUCGAUCUAUAUCUAAAUAGUUGCCACCAAUUGAUUGAUAUAUAAUAAUUUAAUUAUUAUUUUCUACUCUAUAAUUAUUUAACUCUAAAAACUAAAUUAAAAUUAAAUAAAUGAUUAAUAAAUUCAAUGAUA